GGGUUCAACUCCACCAAUGACUGUAUUUAAAGGAAAUAAAAGGCCAUAUCAGAAGGACUGUGUGCUUAUUAUCAAUCAUGACACUGGGGAAUACGUGCUGGAAAAACUUAGUAGCAGCAUCCAAGUCAAGAAGACAAGAGCAGAGGGCAGCAGUAAGAUCCAAGCCCGACUGGAACAACAGUCUGCCCGAGCAUCUCAGCCUCCUUCACAGUUCAGAGCCCCAACCAAGCCAGCGGUUGGUCCCAAAACUUCUCCUUUGAAAGAUAAUCCUUCACCUGAGCCUCAGCUAGAUGACAUUAAGAGAGAGCUGAGAGCAGAGGUUGAAAUUAUUGAGCAGAUGAGCAGCAGCAGUGGAAGCAGCUCAUCAGAUUCGGAAAGCUCAUCUGGGAGUGAAGAUGAAAGCUCCAGCAGUGAGGGGGAAGAGCCAGCACACGUUUCCCCUUCCCAGCUACCACACCAGCAGUACAACAACAGGAAUGCUGUUGCUAAUGGCACCAGCAGGCCACAAGGAAGCAAUCAGCUCAUGAACACACUCCGAAAUGACUUGCAGUUGAGUGAGUCUGGGAGUGACAGUGAUGACUAGAGGCUGAGCUUUUGCUGUUUCUGUUACAUGCACAUGAAGAACUAAUUUACCUUGAGGGGAUCCUAUUGCUUACGAAGAGGAGCUGGCACAGACAUCUUCUGUGUGUGGAAUUUUAAUAGAGGAAAUGUGUAGCCCUACAAAAGAGCAGAUGUUGAGGGCUGUUUUACUUUGUGAAUUAAGUGUAUAUUUUGUGUAUAUUCCUAUUCUUUUAAAGCUUUAAAUAGACAUGUACAGUGGGUAAGCCAAUAUAUGUUCCUAUGUUUCUGUCCAUCAUCAGUGAGUUUCAUGUGUAACUUUAUGAUGUAAUCUAAAAAUCUGUUGUUUGUAGAAGAUAUUUGGCCCAUCGUGACCUGGGAGGGAUGACUUCUGUAUAUAGGAUGAGCAUAAGCCAACGAGUUUAAAAAAAACAUGCAGGAGCUAGUGUGUGCACUGAAGUGGGACUGUCUUAAGUUUCAAUGCUAAGCUGAUUUCUUUGGUUUGGGACUUUUCUAAUCUCUUUUUAUUGCUAUUUAUGGUUGAUUUAAU